GAGCUGAAGAGCUGUUACAAAAAUCUAUGGAGAGAAGCGUAAAGGGAGACGAAGAGGCCUCCAAAGGGAAGGGCAGUAGCAAAGGCAUCAUCUCCAUAUGGACCCUUUUCAUGCACGCGGACGGUGCAGAUAUGUUUCUCAUGGCCCUCGGCUUCAUCGGUGCCGUGGGAGACGGCAUCACCCUCCCUGUGAUGCUGUUGAUCAUGAGCAAGUUCAUGAACAACCUGGGCGAUGGCCCUUCCAAUGAUUCCUCAGUCUUCGUCAGCAGAAUCAACCAGAAUUGCCUGAUGCUCCUGUACAUGGCGUGCGGUUCUUGGGUCGCUUCUUUCCUCGAGGGCUUCUGCUGGACAAGAACCGGAGAGAGACAAGCGUCCAGAAUGAGGGUCAGGUAUCUGAAAGCAGUGCUAAGGCAAGACGUCGGAUAUUUUGAUCUCAAGGUGUCGAGCUCAUCGGAAGUUGUGAACAAUGUUUCUAAUGACAGUUUGGUGAUCCAAGAUGUCCUCAGGGAGAAGGUACCAAAUCUGAUAAUGAAUGUAUCAACAUUUAUUGGGAGUUACAUAACAGCAUUUGUAUUGCUAUGGAGGUUGGCUUUGGUGGCGUUUCCUUCUGUGGUCGUCCUAAUAAUACCAGGAUUGAUGUAUGGGAGGAUCCUCAUAGGGCUAGCAAGAAAAAUGUUGGAGGAGUACAACAAGGCAGCAGUUAUAGCAGAGCAAGCAAUAUCAUCAAUAAGGACCGUGUAUUCCUUUGUGGGGGAGAGCAGAACCAUGGCUGAGUUCUCUAAAGCACUGGACGGUUCGGUGAAGCUGGGGAUUAGGCAGGGUUUCGCUAAGGGUCUCGCCAUUGGAAGCAAUGGCAUAACAUUCGCUAUAUGGUCUUUCAUGGUUUGGUAUGGCAGCAGAUUAAUCAUGUAUCAUGGUGCUAAUGGAGGGACGGUCUUUGCAGUUGGUGCCUCCAUUGCGGUUGGUGGCCUGACCCUUGGCACAGCUCUUUCAAAUAUGAAGUACAUCACCGAGGCAUGUUCAGCAGGGGAAAGAAUCAUGGAGGUGAUCAGCAGAAUCCCAGAGAUCGACUCAGACAACAUGGGAGGAGAGGUUCUAGAGGAUGUGAGGGGUGAGAUUGAGUUCAAGAACGUGGAGUUUGCCUACCCAUCAAGGCCAGGAACAACCAUAUUUGAGGAUUUUUCCCUUAAGGUUCCGGCAGGCGAGACUCUUGCGCUAGUUGGCGGCAGUGGAUCCGGCAAGUCCACCGUGAUUUCGUUGCUCGAAAGGUUCUAUGACCCACUGGGUGGGGAUAUCUUCCUCGAUGGGGUGAGCAUCAAGAAGCUGCAGCUCAAGUGGCUCAGAUUACAGAUGGCCUUGGUGAGCCAAGAACCAGCUCUGUUUGCGACCUCAAUAAAAGAGAACAUCCGGUUUGGCAAGGAAGACGCUACGGAAGAGGAAGUUGACGCCGCAGCCAGAGCUGCCAACGCCCACAUUUUCAUUUCUCAGUUGCCACAAGGAUACGAUACACAGGUUGGGGAGAGGGGCAUCCAAAUGUCUGGUGGCCAGAAGCAGAGGAUUGCCAUCGCUAGAGCCAUAAUCAAGUCGCCAAAGAUCCUUCUCCUAGAUGAGGCAACCAGCGCAUUAGACUCAGAAUCAGAAAGGGUGGUUCAAGAGGCCCUGGAUCAGGCAAGAGUAGGCCGGACGACCAUCAUCGUUGCUCAUCGUCUUUCGACGAUCCGUAAUGCAGAUACAAUAGCAGUCGUUCAAGGAGGGCAAGUGAUGGAAGUUGGAUCACACGAAUCGUUGAUCCAGGAUGAGAAAGGGCUGUAUUCUUCACUAGUGAGAUUGCAAAAGACAAAGGACAAGGAGGAAGGACAGAACUCGUUGGCUCAAGAGAACCUGAUAGGUGCAACAAGUAGGAGUAUGAGCGGUAGAAUCCAAAGGUUGAGCAGGUCAAGCUCCAUGGAUUCAGCCGCAUCGACGCAAACAGAUAUGGUUGUGAGCCCAUCUGAGCCUGUUUCUGUGCCUUCAUUCAAGAGGUUGUUGCUUAUCAACAGAUCAGAGUGGAAAGAGGCCCUCACCGGCUGCAUUGCAGCCACUGCCUUUGGAGCCAUACAGCCUACCUAUGCCUUGGCGAUGGGCAGCAUGAUAUCGGUCUUCUUCCUCCCCAGCCACAGCGAGAUCGAGAACAAAGUCCGAAUUUAUGCACUUAUUUUUGUUUUCUUGGCCGUCUUCUCCUUCCUAGUCAAUAUAAUUGAACACUACAAUUUUGCUGCCAUGGGCGAGGCUCUAACAAAACGAAUUCGGGAGAGAAUGCUCUCGAAGAUUCUCACCUUCGAGGUUGGCUGGUUCGAUGAGGACGAGAACUCUAGUGGAGUCAUAUGCUCUAGACUUGCCAAAGAUGCCAAUGUGGUGAGGUCCUUAGUCGGUGACAGAAUCUCUCUCCUGGUUCAAACCGCCUCUGCCGUGGUCAUAGCUUGUACCAUGGGUCUGGUCAUCGCGUGGAGGCUCGCCAUCGUCAUGAUCGCAGUGCAGCCCAUAAUUAUAAUUUGCUACUAUGCAAGGAGAGUUCUGCUGCAGAACAUGUCGAAGAAGGCGAUUCGAUCACAAGACGAGAGCUGCAAGUUGGCUGCAGAGGCAGUGUCAAAUCUUCGAACGGUGACAGCCUUCUCCUCACAAGCCAGGAUUCUAAACAUGUUCGAACUUGCACAAGAGGCACCUAACAGAGAAAGUGCAAGACAAUCUUGGCACGCCGGGGUUGGCCUGGGCACAUCCCAGAGUUUAAUGGCUUGCACUUGGGCUCUUGACUUCUGGUAUGGAGGCCGGCUCAUUUCUGAUGGCUACAUCGGCGCCAAGCAGCUUCUUCAGACAUUCUUUGUUCUAAUAAGCACCGGUAGAGUCAUAGCCGACGCCGGCAGCAUGACCUCAGACCUAGCCAAGGGUGCAGACGCAGUGAGCACGGUGUUCUCGAUCCUUGACAGGUACACCAAGAUCGAACCCGAUGAUCCGGAGGGGUACAAGCCCGAAGCACUCAAAGGACAAAUAGAGCUCAAGGAUGUCGACUUUGCGUAUCCAUCCAGGCCAGACAUUAUGAUAUUCAAAUCAUUCUCUCUAAAGCUAGAAGUUGGCAAAUCAACCGCAUUGGUAGGACAAAGUGGGUCAGGGAAGUCGACGAUCAUCUGUUUGAUAGAGAGAUUCUACGACCCGAUCAAAGGCGUGAUAAGGAUCGAUGGCAGGGACAUAAGAUCAUACAAUCUGAGAUCAUUAAGGAAACACAUAGCACUGGUUGGCCAAGAGCCGACCCUGUUUGCAGGGACAAUAAGGGAGAACAUAACGUAUGGUAAGGAGAACGCGACGGAAGCAGAGAUCGUGGACGCAGCCCGGGCAGCUAAUGCUCACGAGUUUAUUGGCUCGCUUAAGGAUGGAUACGAGACAUGGUGCGGAGACAGAGGGGUUCAAUUAUCAGGGGGUCAAAAACAGAGAAUAGCCAUCGCAAGGGCCAUCCUGAAGAACCCGGCCAUCUUGCUUUUAGACGAAGCUACGAGUGCACUAGAUAGCCAGUCAGAGAAGGCUGUACAAGAAGCACUGGACAGAGUCAUGGUGGGUAGAACCAGCGUGGUGGUAGCGCAUAGACUUGCCACCAUCCAAAACUGUGACACCAUUGCUGUAUUGGAGAAUGGAAGGGUGGUGGAGAAAGGCAGCCAUGGUGCACUGUUAGCCAGGGGAGGGUCCUACUUUUCCCUCGUCAAACUGCAGAAUAGAAGCAAAGGCAGCAAGUAGGUUCGGCCAGGCCAAAAGAGGAAGCCUGAUUUGAUAAACAGAGAUGUCGUUGUCUUGGUUCAUAGUGCCGGUACGGGAUCCACUAAGAGUUUCUCUUCUCAUUUUUCCUUUUUCCUUCAAAGGUGACACUGUCGGAGAUGAAUGAGGAGAGCACCAUGGGAAGGGAUGGGCGACCUAUCUUUUCUACAUGUUUUGAUGUUUGUGAUAUGUAUCUAUUUAAUUAUUUGACAUAAUGAAUCUCUCUCUCUUUUUCUC